GGAGGGGGAGGGGUGUCCCGUCGGCAGGCACACAGACAGCAGGCAGCAGCUGCAGCGAGAGGAGCAGGUACCCUUUCCUCUGCAUUAAAACAUUCAUAUUAUUACAUUAGAUUUUUUUUUAGCUCCGAAACAGACAGGACAGCAACACACACGCUCCUUAAAAAUGGUAGACCGCGAGCAACUGGUGCAGAAAGCCAGGCUGGCCGAGCAGGCGGAGAGGUACGAUGAUAUGGCAGCUGCCAUGAAAUCGGUGACAGAGCUGAAUGAAGCACUAUCCAACGAGGAGAGGAACCUGCUCUCCGUGGCCUAUAAGAAUGUGGUCGGAGCGAGGCGUUCAUCCUGGCGCGUCAUCUCCAGCAUCGAGCAGAAGACAACGGCUGACGGCAACGAGAAGAAGAUCGAGAUGGUUCGGGCCUAUCGGGAAAAGAUCGAGAAGGAGCUGGAGGCCGUGUGCCAGGACGUGCUCAACCUCCUCGACAACUUCCUGAUCAAGAACUGCAACGAGACGCAGCACGAGAGCAAGGUGUUCUACCUGAAGAUGAAGGGCGACUACUACCGCUACCUGGCCGAGGUGGCCACGGGGGAGAAGAGAGCCGCAGUGGUGGAGUCCUCCGAGAAGUCCUACAGCGAGGCCCACGAGAUCAGCAAGGAGCACAUGCAGCCCACCCAUCCCAUCCGCCUGGGCCUCGCCCUCAACUACUCCGUCUUCUACUACGAGAUCCAGAACGCCCCAGAGCAGGCGUGCCACCUGGCCAAGACCGCCUUCGACGACGCCAUUGCCGAGCUGGACACCCUCAAUGAGGACUCCUACAAAGACUCCACUCUCAUCAUGCAGCUGCUACGAGACAACUUGACGCUGUGGACGAGCGACCAGCAGGACGACGAGGGAGGAGAGGGCAACAACUAAAGAGUCCCAAACCUCAUUCUGCCAAAACAACACAACACGCGCGCUCACAAAUGAUGACAAAAAAAAUAAUAAUUAUAGUUAAAAGUUCUUAGAAAUUACAAAAAAAAGGGAGGGGGAGGGGAGGGGGGACAGUGGUGGAACAUCGGCCGCCAAUUUAGCCGAUGGUACUAACUUCGGCUGCUGUUCUUUAUUUUUCAACAUAUUAAAAGUGAAGACAAAGUUGGAGGAGGGAAGACAAUUUCAGUUUGAGAAAUAAUCUAGGAUUUGAAAAAUUAAUUAAAGCGUGAAAACCCCUCCUUGGUGUAGCCUCUGCAGCAUUUGCCAAAAUACAAGUUUAGAAGCAAAGAGGUGUGUCGUUCAUUGCAGUGUGACGAUUGGGUAAUGAUGCCUUCACACUGGCAGAGACUGGUGUCAUCGCGCAAAUGAAGCUGAGCUGUCUUAUUGUAUUUGGUGAGGGGAGGAGCACUCGGAAUUGAUGCUUGAGCAGCGAGAAAAUGUAAGAGUCACCUUGAAUGUCAUGGCCUUGUUUAGAGAGAGAGAGAGAGAGAGAGGGAAGGACAAAGCGAGCGAUGAAGAUAGAGCAGAAAAAGGUUGCAGAUGAGCUUUUCAGGCUGUCGAAGUCAUCGUGUUAUUCCGAAACAUAGCGACACCUUUAGUUUGCAACACACUGUGUGAUGGCUGAGAGAAAAGCAGGUUGUCUCCGUUAAUGAAGAUAACAUCAAAUAAACUGUUUCUGUUCGCUUUGUGUCCGGUGUCAGUCACACAGUCAUACUGUAACGAAAAAUACAAAACUCAUAAAGUAAACUUAGUGCAGCUUGUCCCUCUCGUGCUCAUGUGCUUUAUUAAUGAACAAAUUAACUGUUUUUGGACACCUAAUCCUUAUUGUCAGUUUUGUCGUUACUAUAACAACUUCUAUUGGCUCCUUUGUAGGAUUUGAUUGGCAGACACAAAGACUUUAAAAAAAAUAAAAAUACUUGCGAUAAAUUUGACACAAAUCAACAACCCUUCACAAAUCCACCCUUAUUCUGCAGCGAUGCUAUCCUCAUAACAACCAGUAGGAUGUGUGAAAACGGCACCUGGAUCCACAGACUCGAUUAGUGAUGUCAGCGUAUCAUUUGUGGGACAGAGCACAUGCAAAGCGGGAGCUCUAGACGUAGAUUUGAGGUUUGUGGACUUCCUUUGUCUUCAGUUUCUUCUGGGUCAAGAAAAUGCACUUGCCUAUUAUACUGUUUCUUCAGUGUGAAGAUGAUAACUGCUCCAAUAUUCUCCAUAAUACAAUAUUGUGCAUGCUGGUGAUGUAUUUAUACAGUAGCUUCAAUUGAUUAACUUAUACUGUAGAUGUUAUGUAUUCAUAUGAACAUGGAAUUACUAGAACCUUAACUGGAUUCUUUUCUAUUUAUUUCUUUUUAUUGCGAUUGUUAGCUAGACCUUCUUUUAAUCUGUGUUUUCUUUACUCCAUUUGCUGAAGUACGCUAUACCAAAACAGUGAUUGUUAACAAUAAAUUGAUCUGUUACGGA